GUGCCCUGAUGAUAUGUGUAGCCCCAGUAGCGCCACCUGUCAGUGUCCAUCAGUGCCAGCUCUCAGUGCUCAUCCAUGCCACCUGCCAGUGCCCAUCAGUGCCACAUUUCAGUGCCCAUCUGAGCUGCCUUUCAGUGCCACCCAUCAGUGCCAGUCAGUGCCACCUAUCAAUGCCAGUCAGUGCCGCCUAUCAGUGCCAGUUAGUGCCGCCUAACAGUGCCAUCUGUCAGUGUCCAUCAGUGCCAGCUCUCAGUGCUCAUCCAUGCCACCUGCCAGUGCCCAUCAGUGCCACAUUUCAGUGCCCAUCUGAGCUGCCUUUCAGUGUCACUCAUCAGUGCCAGUCAGUGCCACCUAUCAAUGCCAGUCAGUGCCGCCUAUCAGUGCCAGUUAGUGCCACCUAACAGUGCCAUAUAUGAGUGCUGCCUUUCAGUGCCCAUCAGUGAUGCCUGUCAAUGCCCAUCAGUGCCACCUACCAGUGCCUCCUCAUCAGUGGCACCUAUCAGUGUCCAUCAGGGCAGCCUAUCAGUGCCCAUCACUGCAGCCUCAUUAGCGCACAUCAGUGAAGGAGAAAAAUCACUUAUUUACAAAAUUUUAUAACAAAAACUAAGAAAAAACUUUUUUUUUUCAAAAUUUUCAGUGGUUUUUGGUUUAAGAAAAAAUAA